AAGCGUCUGUCAGAACACUGUGAGUUCGGCACAACACUGAGUGACACCAUAAGAGACAGAUUUGUGUGUGGGUUGCGUAGUGAGACCAUUCAAAAGCGACUCUUAUGUGAAAGUAACCUAACGCUAGAGCGAGCAAUGGAAAUCGGUGUAUCCAUGGAAAUGGCUGCAAAAGAAGCACAAGAGUUAAGCACAGCCAGUCAAGUUCACAAUGUGUACAGUGAAAGAGUGAAACAGGAUGAUAAGCGAGCAUGUUACCGCUGUGGAAAGAGUAGUCAUAUGGCACAGGAAUGCUGGUUCAAAGACAAAGACUGCAGAAACUGUGGAAAAAAAGGCCAUAUUGAACGUGUGUGCCAAAACAGAAAGCAAAAUGAGAAAGCAAACCCAGCUAAACCUGGAGAGUUCAAGAAAAGUUAUGUCAGAAAACUCAAAAAGAAAAACGUGAAUCAAGUGAAAUAUUCAGGGAAACAACAGGAGGAUGAAUCUGAUGAAACUGAAUACUCGCAUGUAAUGUCUGUGUCUUCAAAUUCUGAUGGCUACUGGGUGACACCACUUCUAGAUGGAAAAGCUGUCCCAAUGCAAGUGGACACAGGAGCUGCUGUAUCGCUCAUGGCAGAGUCAACUUACCGAGAGAAGUGGCCAUACCUCUGUCUCAAAGAAGCGAAGCUGAGCUUGAAAACAUACACAGGUGGAUCCUGUUUCCCAAGAGCUGCUGACCAUCGUGACACACAAGGGCCUAUACAGGUAUCAGAGGCUUCCUUUCGGCAUAACUUCGGCUCCAGCGUUGUUCCAGCGGGCCAUGGACCAGAUCCUGAGUGGAUUGAAUGGAGUACAGUGUUAUCUCGAUGAUCUGUUAAUUACAGGGAAAGAUGAUGAAGACCAUCUCGGGAACCUGAACGCAACACUACAAAGGCUAAAAGAGUAUGGCCUUCGGGUGAAGAAAGACAAAUGUGACUUCUUCCAGCCCACCAUCGAGUACCUAGGACACGUGAUUGAUAGCGCUGGUCUUCACAAAGCUCCAUCAAAGGUAAAAGCUAUUGUGGAUGCGCCGUCACCAAAGAACGUAAGCCAACUGCGAUCAUUCCUAGGAUUGCUAACAUACUAUGCAAAGUUCAUGCCAAACCUUUCCAGUAGACUUCGUCCACUUCAUGAACUGUUAAACAAGUCAAACAAAUGGAAAUGGUCUGACAAAUGUGAAAAGGCAUUCAGAGAUGUGAAGUGCACAUUAACACAAUCAGAGGUCCUCACACAUUACAACCCUGCCCUACCGAUACAGUUGGCAUGUGAUGCUUCACCGUAUGGUGUAGGUGCGGUACUUUCACAUGUAAUGCCAUCUGGUGAAGAAAGACCAAUCGCUUUUGCGUCAAGGACUCUGAACUCAGCAGAGAGUAAUUAUGCUCAAAUUGAGCGAGAAGCUUUAGCAAUCGUGUUUGGUGUGAAGAAAUUUCACCAGUACCUGUUUGGGCGCAGAUUUACCCUGCUCACAGACCACAGACCCCUUACCUCCAUUUUUGGUCCCCAAACCGGUAUUCC